AUGGAUCCCGCAUUCGAUAAACAGCCAAACCAAAAGAAAAGAAUCACCGUUUGCGAUACUCUGCUUCAAAAGGAUCAAGCCCAACUUGAAGCUCACAUCAAAGAGAAGGCGCUGUUGACUUACAAACAACAAGCAAAAACGCUCCAGGUCAAAGCAGUUUGUUCUCUUGUCCGAGGGCGCAAUACUUUUGUUUUGGCUGGAACUGGUUUCGGAAAAAGUCGCAUUGCCGAAAUGUACUUCCGAUUGUUUGACAAGAAGAAAAAGCCUGUCGUGUUGGUACUAAACCCCUUGGACGCACUCAGAGAUAAUCAGGUUAUGGAAAAGAAGCAAGCUGGGUUCACUGCUGUUAAUCUGACAAAAAUGCAGUUUAAAGCGAAAAUAGCAAGAAAGAUUGUAGCUGGGUUUUUCAAUUUUGUUUAUCUGAGUCCUGAGGUGUUUCUCAACAACAGCCUGUUCAAGGAGGUGUACUACAACCCCGAUUUUCAGCAUCGAUUGGCCACAAUUGUUAUUGAUGAGGCGCAAAUGAUCUACACAUGGGGCCUAGUUGCUAGCGGCAAGGCAAAGAAGAGCUCUUCUCAUGGCCGAACCGAAGAUGUUGCUGUAUUUCGUCCAUCGUAUGGCGAAUUGGCUGCCCAGCUGAAUGCCACCGAGGGAGUUCCGCUUCUUCUAUUAUCGGCGACCUGCAGGCCCAUAGCUGUUGACUCGAUACUCAAAAACCUAAGAAUUACUGAAGACAAUAUCACUUUCGUCAAAGCAGAAUUGACCCGACCCGAAAUCAGAAUCUUGCGCUUACCCAUGAAUCACUCUUUGAAAUCGUGCCAUGACCUCAUUCCCGUGAUCGAACUCCAGGGAACACGCAGUAAAAACAUUGCGCCAACGUUAAUCUACUCAGGUCAGCGAAAUGCCACAUUUCAAGUGAUGAAGAAUGUGAACAAGGCGCGCGGUACGCCAGGUGCGGAAUACAACCCUCGAAGCUCAAUGAUACGUCGUUACCACGCGAAUACAGGCGAUUAUUCUAAAGCGGAUGCAGUCGAAAAGUUUACUAGCGGAAAAUUCCCAUACAUCGCCUGCACAAUGGCCCUCGGAUUAGGCCAGAAUUGGAAACAAGUACGGAAAGUGAUCCACAUGGGACGAGCAGACCCCUCAAAUAUUUGUCAAAUGAUCGGUCGCUGCGGUCGAGAUGGUCGACCCGGCCUUGCUAUCCUGUUUAUGGAGAAGAAGCAAAAAAAUGGGAAGAAUUGUGUUGACGAUUUUUUGAAUGUAAAGGAACAAAAUAAUGAUAACCGCAUGGAUGCAUUAGCAAUCACGCCGGUUUGUCUGAGAAUUGCUUUCUCUCUUGAUAAUUUAUGCGGGCAUAUUCCUAUGUCUAAAGACGACUUGAGAUACUUACAUGAGGAGCAGCGUGAGAUUGAACAGGGAUUUCCAAAAUGCCGAUGCUCAAACUGCGAUCCUGAAGGAGCUAUAACGUUAUCACAAAACAUCUGUAGACUUACCAACAAAAACUUCUCGGAUGUUGUGAAUGAUAAAGAAAAUUUGCCCAGACCUACUAUCAAUCCAUUCGUUCAAAAGAAAACCCGCCAACCCUGCAAGCCAGCACCAAAAGAAUUGACCUCUGUGCUUAAAGAAUUCUCAGUUCAUCUCGUCAAGGCGUUCGAGGUGUUUUUCUGGAAGAAAUUCCCAAAAUCGGCUUCUUUCCUUCCUGAAGACCUUUUUGGUUUAGAUCGGGCGCAUUCGAUUGCUCAACAUGUAGCUACCAUUGAACGGCCUCAAGACAUCUUGAAAGAUCUGGGUGGUGCUCCUGUACAUGGACAACUUGAUCUUAUCUAUGAAUGUGUUGUGAAAUUUCGACAAGGAGACCGCUUUGAUCAACACCUCCGAGAGGAAAGCGACCGUAUCAACAAAUUAAAUAACGAGAAGAACCAGAAGAGGGUAGAAGCUAAUGCCAGAGCCAGAGGAAAGCGAGAUCUAGCUAAUCGCGAAACAAAAGACGAAACUAUGCACCGGUUGGCAGCAGAAGAAAAAGAUCGAUCAGAAAAACGCAUCGCGGCCGAGAAGAAAAAAGAAAAGACAAUUGAAAGAGAGAAAGCAGCAGUGAAGAAAAAAGAAGAUUCAAAGAGGAAGUGGGAGAACGACAGGCCGAUCUUAGAAGGUUUCAAAAGGCAAGCAUUGGAAGCUGCAGCAAACAGAGAAGUGGUGGAACAGGAAGCUUUAGCAGGCCCUUCAGGAAAUGGCCGGGGAAGAGGUCGGGGACGAGUCAAAGGAAGAGGUGGGAUGGUCACCUCACGACGAGGUAGAGGGAAAAAAAAAUAA